CGAUUGGGUGCGUUGAGGAAAUCUGUAAAUUCCCGUACACUCUCUUUACUUUUGGCUUACAAAGGAAAAGAAAAAAAAGGUUGUGUUGUUUGUGUGUCGUGUGAGGUUGGGUCCCCCGCCGUCCGUGUCCCGUCCCUACCUAUUACGGAAAAGAUGUCCCGAAGCUCAUGUGACCUACUAUGGCACACCUUUUAACCGAACCCGGCAUGUGCCGGUAUGUGAAGUACCAGGGUGCUAGUAGGGGCUCUAACUGGGGCUAGGGUAGUAGCUCUUAUCUUAUCUCCGCCAAUAUCUUAUCUACAUACCGGCAAAGAAAAAAAAAUUCGAUCAAAUUGUGAUGGAAGGAUCAGGGAUGCAUCGAUCCCGUCAUCGAUCAUCCAACUAAGCCGAAAGCUGGAGCUUACUCUUGCUCCAAAUCGACCAAUUGACGAGAAGCUGACACAACCUCGAUCAUGACUUUCACGACAUAAACAACAGAUCCGAUUUCUGCUCAAAAAUGCCACCACCUAGGCACCCCUCCAGCUCGGGGAUCCUCCUGCCCUUCCUCUACCCCUCGCUCUUCCGAACCACCCGCCCCCGCAAAUCCCUCCUCCAGCUCUCCGUCCCCCGCCGAGCCGCCAUCACGAUCCUGCACUCGACCUCCUCCUCCUCACCCUCCUCCUCAGCCACCACCCCAUCCACCACCUCCGACACCUCGCCCUCCGAAUCCAGCUCCUCGCUCCCGACCUCGCGCCUGAACCCUGCGCCGGACGACUACGCACAGUCCGCGUUCGCGGACAAGGCGCGCGUGACGGUGCACGCGGGCAGCGGGGGCCACGGCUGCAUCUCGUUUCUGCGAGAAGCCUUCCUCGAGGAAGGGCCCGCGAACGGCGGCGACGGCGGGCACGGCGGCAACAUCUACGUGCAGGCCGUGCACGGCGAGACGUCGCUGCACAAGCUGGCGCGGCGCCGCGUCCUGCGCGCCGGCCGCGGCAAGACGGGGCAAGGGGGCAGCCGCGGCGGCGCCCGCGGCGACGACCUCGUCAUCCAGGUCCCCGUCGGCACCGUCGUGCGCGAGCUCGCGCGCAUCGACCCCGUUGUCGACGAGCGCCUGCGCUUCCGCGAGGCGCGCGCCGCGGAGCGCGAGUACGAGCGCUUGGUCCGCGAGACCGAGGCCAAGAACGCCGAGAUGGAGGGCCUCGAGGGCGCCAUCUUCACCGAGCUGCCCGAGGCCCCCGAUCACCCCCGUCUCGAGAAAUUUAUCUUGUACCCCGGCAUAUCGCAUACCGAGCGGCGCGCCUUGACGCUGCCUCGCUUGCCGAGGCGCGAGCGCUUGUACGUGCAGCCCGAUGCCCCGAUACACCUGGACUUGUCGACGCCGACGCCGCGGCCGAUCCUGAUAGCUGCGGGCGGGAUAGGGGGGCUCGGGAACCCGCACUUCGUGUCGAAAGACCGGCCACGGCCACUGUUCGCCACGAAGGGCGAGCGGGCCGUGACCAUGCAGCUCGAGCUCGAGCUCAAGCUGCUUGCCGACGUGGGGUUAGUCGGGUUGCCCAACGCAGGCAAAUCGACGCUCCUACGCGCUCUAACCAACAGCCGCGCCCGCGUCGGCAACUGGGCCUUCACGACCCUCCAACCCAACAUCGGCACCGUCGUCCUCGACAACCACAAAGGGCGUCCGAUGCCCGUCCCCAAGCCCUCGAAGCCGCCGCCGCACUCCGUCAUCCACGACGCGCAAUACGGCUCCGUCGUCUUAUCCCGGCAACCUGACCACUACUCCCUCGACGCGCCCAGCCCCGAGCCCCGAACACGAUUUACGGUCGCCGACAUCCCGGGUCUAAUCGAAGGCGCGCACCUCGACCGCGGCCUAGGCGUCGCCUUCCUGCGACACGUCGAGCGCGCGGGCGUCCUCGCCUUCGUCAUCGACCUCAGCGCCGGCGACGCCGUCGAGGCGCUCAAAGCGCUGUGGAUCGAAGUCGGGCUGUACGCGCGGAUGCGCGAGGAAGAGGAGAAGGAGCGGGAGAUCGGGGACCGGAUCGACUGGGAGGGCGACGGCAGCAGCCGCCCGCCGAAGAACAGCGCGAGGAUGAACUACGGCGGCCAGAUGAUCGUGGCGGAUCUGCCCGAGGCGGAUACCGGCGGGGAAGGCGGGCUGCACAUCGCGGCGAAGCCGUGGUUCGUCGUUGCCACGAAGGGCGAUUUGCCCGGGACCGAGGACAACUACGCCCGGCUGAAGGAGUACCUCGACGCCGUGACGGACCGGCGGGAGCCGCACCCGAGCGGAGUCGAGGGCGCGUGGAUAGAGGACUGCGCCGCGAUACCGGUGAGCGCCAUUCACGGGCAAGGUGUGGAUAGAAUCAUACAUUGGACUGUGGGGCUAUUAGAUGGGGAAUGAUAUAAUGGUAGAUGUUCCUCAAG